GCAGCAUCUGCAGCCGCUCGGGAAGGGCCUGGGCGCUGCCUCCAGCAAGCAUGCCGACGGUGGACGACCUUCUAGAGCACGUAGGCGAAUUCCACUUCUUCCAGAAACAAACUUUUGUCCUCUUAGCUCUGCUCUCGGCCGCCUUCGCCCCCAUCUACGUGGGCAUCGUCUUCCUGGGCUUCACCCCCGACCACCGCUGCCGGAGCCCGGGGGUGGCCGAGCUGAGCCGGCGCUGCGGCUGGAGCCUGGCCGAGGAGCUGAACUUCACGGUGCCGGGCGGGGGGCCGGAGGGCCAGGCCUUCCCCCGCCAGUGCCUCCGCUACGAGGUGGACUGGAACCAGAGCGCGCUGGGCUGCGUGGACCCGCUGGCCGGCCUGGCCGCCAACCGCAGCCACCUGCCGCUGGGCCCCUGCGGGGCCGGCUGGGUGUACGACACGCGGGGCUCGUCCAUCGUGACCGAGUUUAACCUGGUGUGUGCCAACUCCUGGAUGCUGGACCUGUUCCAGUCGGCUGUGAACGUCGGGUUUUUUAUCGGGUCCGUGGCCAUCGGCUACAUAGCAGACAGGUUUGGCCGCAAGCUCUGCCUCUUGAUCACCAUCCUCAUCAACUCUGUAUCCGGGGUGCUCAUGGCCAUCUCCCCGACCUACACGUGGAUGUUACUGUCUCGCCUGGUCCAAGGACUGGUCAGCAAGGCAGGCUGGAUAAUCGGCUACAUCCUGAUUACAGAGUUCGUCGGGCUGAGCUACCGGAGGACGGUGGGGAUUUUCUACCAAGUUGCCUUCACUGUGGGCCUCCUGGUGCUGACUGGGGUGGCCUACGCCAUCCCCCACUGGAGGUGGCUGCAGUUCACUGUCACUCUGCCCAACUUCUGCUUCUUGCUCUAUUACUGGUGCAUCCCGGAGUCUCCGAGGUGGUUGAUCUCCCAGAACAAAAACGCAAAAGCCCUGAGCAUCAUGAAGCACAUUGCGAAGAAAAAUGGAAAAUCGCUGCCGGCCUCUCUCCAGAGUCUCCGACCUGACGAGGAAGUUGGGGAGAAGAUGAACCCUUCAUUCCUUGACUUGGUCAGGACCCCUCAGAUACGGAAGCAUACUCUAAUCCUGAUGUACAACUGGUUCACGAGCUCUGUUCUCUACCAGGGCCUCAUCAUGCACAUGGGCCUGGCAGGGAGCAACAUCUACCUGGACUUCUUCUACUCCGCCCUGGUCGAGUUCCCCUCUGCCCUCAUCAUCAUUGUCACCAUAGACCGCGUCGGCCGCCGCUACCCCUGGGCGACAUCAAACAUGGUGGCCGGGGCAGCCUGUCUGGCCUCGGUUUUUAUCCCAGAUGAUCUGCAGUGGCUGAAGGUCACAGUCGCGUGCCUGGGUAGAAUGGGGAUCACCAUGGCCUAUGAAAUGGUUUGCCUGGUCAAUGCUGAGCUGUACCCCACGUUCAUCAGGAAUCUCGGGGUCCUUGUCUGCUCCUCCAUGUGCGACAUCGGGGGCAUCAUCACGCCCUUCCUGGUCUACAGGCUCACUGACUUCUGGCAAGAGCUUCCCCUGGUGGUUUUUGCCGUGGUUGGCUUGAUUGCUGGAGGGCUGGUGCUGCUGCUGCCAGAGACCAGAGGGAAGGCUUUGCCCGAGACCAUCGAUGAAGUUGAGCACAUGCAGAGAUCAAGAAAAAACAAAGAAAACAUGAUUUACCUCCAGGUCAAGAAGCUGGACAUUCCCCUCAGCUAAAAGCGAGACCGGAGCUCUGGCCUUGGCCUUCCUGGCGACAUGAUGCUAGAAUCCUGAGCUCCUGCCAUCCCAGACCCAGCAGCCUGGAUCGACAGUCACACGGGCUGGCCGUGCUGCUGUGCCCGACCGACCUGCGGGCCCAGACCCCACCCUGGCUCACUGUCUACACAGCGUUCUAGGCUAGUGGAUGUGGUCUGCUGGGAUUUUUCUUCUCAUCUUUGUAAUUCUUGAUUUUAUUCCUUUUUCUAUGAUGACAUCAAGCCAAACACACAGGAGAACUGUAGGCAAGGAAACAGGAUAGAAAAGACCUAUAAUAAAUAAAUUUGUGAGCAGACAGCCAGUUUUCUUAGAGAAAAAACCUUGAAAGCAAUACCAAGCCCAUGAAUAUGUCAAGAUGUCUCCAUAGCCUGCCAGGACCCUAUGUGAAGACAUUUUUUAAUGCAUUAUUAUCUGGGUUCAACUUUAAGGGAAGCUAGAAUUAAAGAAUCAGGACACAACCCAGUUAAUCUCUAGGUCUUUGACAUGUAGCUGCUAAGCACACAUGUGCUUUCUCAGAAGAUCUUGAGGCGAGCUUGAGGGACAGCGGUGGUGAAGCUGAAAUUCGUAAGCAUUAAUGCCUCCAUUCGGUAAACAUGUGUCUAAAUUUUUACCAAAGUAAUUUUUUUACCAAAGUAAUUUUACCAGAGUAAUUCACCAAACUAGUUUAGUCAACCGAUUUUCAAAAGCUAAAUACAAAGUCUAUAAUAAAGAACAAAAGCUCCUUGCCUGAUCCCACCUCCCACCUACCUCCUCGGGGGUCAUUCUCAACUGUUUAGCUGUUUUCCCCAAGAGUUAUCUUGCUAUUUCUAAAUAACUUUCCUCACUUUGGUAUUUCUUGACUUUUUAGUUUUAAAUAUUACCUGUUGACUUUUGAUGGAACAGAUGAUUUCACCCGUCACCUCUCCCCUCAUCCCAAUAUACAA